AUGUCCGCCUCUCCGGGCAUCUCCAAAAAAGAUGCCGUCGUCCUAGCGGGCUGUGUUGGAGGAUCCGUUUUGUCUUAUCAGUUAUUCAAAUAUCUGCUACAAAAGUGGCGCUCUGACCCUCAUGAUUGGGUCCCAGUCGGCCGGAUCAAGGAAUUGUGGAUUUAUCCUAUCAAAUCGUGCAAAGCGAUUCCGGUUUUCUCCAUGUAUUGCGACUAUUUGUGCGGAAACAACCAGGAGCUGUUUGAUCGUAAAUUUCUCGUCACAAAUCUGGAUGGGCACUUCUUCACCGGUCGUUUGAAGCCGCAGCUGCUCACCGUCAAAGUGAACGUGCAGGACGACACGCUUCUCUUGACGUACAAGGACAGAAAGACCGAGAUUCCACUGAAGCCGAUCAACGAGAGGAAGCAGCUCGUCAAGGCCACACUCUUCCGCGAUGAACGCCAGGAUGGCUACGAUUGUGGAGACGAGGCGGCCAAGUUCUUCACGGCAGUUUGUGAAGAGCCUGCUCGUCUGGUGAUGCACGUUCCCGGGCUUUACACCGAGCGCUUGAUGGUGACGCAAGAGGAUUUCUGGAACAACAACGAGGUCCCGAAGCGGACGGAUGAUAAGCCGUACAGCGAUAACACUCCCUACAUGGUGACCACCGUCGGCUCGUUGGACGACCUGAACAAGAAAUUGGAGCAUAAGCUACCCAGCGUCCAAUUCCGCGCAAACGUCGUCGUCGAGGGCUGCCCGGCGUGGGAUGAGGACAAGUGGGGAGAGCUACGGUUUGGAGACCGACCCGAUUCGUCGGUAGCCGAGAUGCAGUGCUACCGACCCUGUGAUCGUUGCAUUAUGACGAAAAUCGACCCGAAAACGGGCGUCCCGGAUAUGGAGGAGCCGUUGAGGACGUUGAGAGAAUUCCGUCUCACCACCGGAAAAAUGGCCAACCGCUUCAAGGCUCCCAUUUUCGGAGUUCACACCGGCAUGAAUCGCCCCGGCUUCAUUCACCAGGGCCAGACCGUCUGGGCUCGGUACAAGAAGGGCGGCGCUUUC